AUGUCGAUACCCACAUUAUCAAAUUCACUAUCAACACCUACAAUUUCAUCUGAAUCACACGCGAAUGUUUACGAUGACGAUUGCGACAUCAUAUUUAGUUCGAUUCCAUCGUAUGACAGUAGUAGUCGGACAACAUUAAAUGAUGAACAAGAUGACAUAACAAUAGAAGAUGACGAUAUGAACAACCAUUGCAAUCAUGGACUAAUGGAUGUAGAUAUUCAUAGUGAUGUUACUUUAGAUGAGUAUCAACCUUCAGCAAAAGGUGACCCAAUGGAGAGUGAUUACGCGUGGGCAGCAUUUAUUCCACUUAACAAUGAAACACGAGCAAAUGUAGGACCCCUUUACAUAACGGGAAAUUAUACAAUAUUUGGCAACAGAACUAAUGAUGAAACGACCACGAGUAAAAAAUCAAUUAAGAUGACAGAAAUUCGUAAAAGUGACAGAGCCGGACUUCCAUAUAAUUCACAUUUUUAUGUAGACUUAAUUGGCUUUAAAGCUAAAUUUAUCUUUAUCAAAGUGAAACGAAGAAAUUGUGAUUGUGAUAAAACUUUUGAUCUGUUACAAAGUCAAGAAGAUAAUAUUUUACAACGUCUUGCUGCUCUACGAACAAAUUCGAUAUCCACCCAAUUUAGUGAUGUAUCAUCUAACAGUUUCGUUUCAAUCGAAUCUGCAACUUCAACCACACCACAAACAAUGACAUCAAUAUUAGAUCGUCUUGGCACUACAUCUGAAUCAACCACUCCCAUUUAUUUUUAUUCUGGGGCUUUUUUAACAGCACCACAUGAACCUUGGCAAUGUCACAACCAUUUCGUAUUUUGUGAAUUACUUGGAUUCGGUGGAUACGGUAGAGUUUAUCAUGUAGUUAGCAUAUCUACUGGAAUGGAAUAUGCUUUAAAAGAAAACCGUGAUCGAAAAAGUACACUAGAAUGGGAAGCAAAAAUAAUGAACGAUAUUGGAAAACAUGAUCACAUUAUAAAUUUCUAUAAUGCAUUUGGAUACGUUGGCAAACCUAAUCAGUAUAUUUUAAUGGAACUCUGCGUGUUUGGUUCUAUCCAGGAUAUAGUAGCUGGUGGUAGAUUUAAAUUUGAUCCCGAAAAUAUCUUAACCCUUAUGUAUCAGAUGCAGAUUCACAGUGCAGGUGUGAUCCAUUUGGAUAUCAAACCAGAGAACAUUCUAGUCUCAUCCCGUGAGCCACUUUAUUUUAAAAUUUCUGACUUUGGACUUUCUGCUUACGUGACAGAUAAACCGACAGAAUGUUAUGGAACCUUGAAUUACAAAGUUAUCGAAGAUGGUGUAGAAUAUGAUAUUAAAGCAGAUUGGUGGUCGCUAGGAGUAACUGUUGCUGAGUGUAUGUUGGGUUUUAACCCAUUUAAUGACAACCUCAAAGCGAGACAUGAGGAUGACAUGAUGUGGCAGCAGCAAGUGAACAAAAAUAUUUGUGAAGAAAUAGAGGCUGGAAAAGCCGAAUGGUUAAAAGAACUUUCUUUUGAAGUAAAAGAAUUCAUUUUGAACGUUAUAAAGUAUAACCCUUGUGACAGGACUUGGUUUUCUUAUUAA